CCCAAACUCGCUCCAGUCCGAUUGAUAAAGCCUGCCGCAUCAGCGAUUCAGAGACAGGACCAUGCGGAGCUAAUGAGACACCGAAGUUCCCCCUAAAAUUACCUCCAGUGCCAUGCCAUGGCCUCUCUCCCUAACCCACUAUCUCCGAAGCGCCUCCUCAAGCUCCUGAAAUCCCAGAAAAAUCCCCUCUCCGCGCUCGCCCUGUUCGAUUCAGCGACUCACAACCCCGGUUACGCUCACAGUCCCGACGUGUUCAUCCAUAUCCUUCGCCGUCUUGUGGCUGACGCCCGGCUGGUGUUACAUGUCCCCCGAAUCGUCCAACUCAUCGAAACACAGAAAUGUCAAUGCUCCGAAGACGUUGCUGUAGCUGCUUUGAAAGCCUAUGCGAAGAACUCUAUGCACGAUAAAGCCUUAACGAUGUUUCAGCGAAUGAUCGAGAUUUUCGGGUGCACUCCAGGGAUAAGGUCCUUCAAUUCUUUGCUAAAUGCGUUUGUAGAGUCCAAUCAAUGGGACAAAGCGGAGUCUUUUUUCUCUUAUUAUGAAACCGCGGGCGUGCCGCCGAAUUUGGGGACUUACAACAUUUUGAUAAAGAUUUCGUGCAAGAGGAAGCAGUUCGGGAAGGCGAGAGCGUUGUUGGAUUGGAUGUGGGAAAAGGGUUUGAAGCCUAACGUAUAUAGUUAUGGCACAUUGAUUAAUGGGAUUGUGAAGAGUGGAGAUAUGGUGGGUGCAUCGGAGGCGUUUGAUGAAAUGCUUGACCGAGGAGUGACGCCUGAUGUUAAGUGUUUCAACAUGUUGAUUGAUGGGUUUUUCAGGAAAGGGGAAUAUAUGAAGGCUAAGAAGAUAUGGGAAAGGUUGGUGAAGGGGCGUUCAGUCUAUCCAGAUGUGGUUACAUAUAAUGUUAUGAUAAACGGUUUAUGCAAGUGUGGGAGGUUUGAUGAAAGUUUAGAGAUAUGGGAGAGGAUGAAGAAGAAUGAACGCAAGAAGGAUGCUUUCACUUACAGUACGUUGAUAAAAGGGUUGUCUGAUGCAGGGAAAUUUGACACUGCUGAGGAAGUGUUUAGAGAGAUGGUUGAGAGCGGGCUACUGGUGGACGUCAUCACUUAUAAUGCCAUGCUUAAUGGAUUUUGUCGAGCUGGAAAGAUUAAGGAGUGCUUUGAACUGUGGAAGGUGCUAGGCAAGGAGAAUUCUCGAAAUGUUGUAAGUUACAACAUAAUGAUUAGAGGGUUGUUUGAAAAUGGAAAGGUAGAUGAAGCAGUUUCUAUCUGGGAACAGUUGCCUGAGAAAGGAUGCCGGCCGAAUUCCACAACUUAUGGAGUAUUAAUACAUGGGUUGUGCACCAGUGGAUACAUGGAUAAGGCUUUACGGAUAUUGAAGGAGAUAGAAUAUGGAGGAGGUGAUCUAGACACCUUUGCGUAUUCAUCUAUGAUUAGUAGCUUAUGCAAAGAGGGCAGAUUAGAUGAUGCAGCCAGUGUAGUCACACAGAUGGAUAAGAAUGGCUGUAAAUUGGAUUCUCAUGUUUGCAAUGCGCUUAUUGAUGGGUUUAUCCGAGCUUCCAGAUUUGAGGAUGCAACUAAAAUUUUCAAAGAAAUGGGCAUCAGGGAUUGCUCUCCAACACUUGUGUCCUACAACACUAUCAUUAAUGGUCUAUGUAAAGCAGAAAGAUUUGGUGAGGCAUACUUGUAUGUAAAGGAAAUGCUAGAAGAAGGGUGGAAACCUAACAUGAUUACAUAUAGCUUAUUGAUGAAUGGCCUUUGUCAAGGCAAAAAGAUUGAUGAGGCACUUCUCUUGUGGCACCAAGUUCUUGAAAAGGGUUUUAUACCGGAUGUGACUAUGUACAACAUUUUGAUACAUGGGCUUUGCUCUGUGGGCAAAGUUGAAGAUGCUUUGUUACUCUAUUUUAACAUGGAUCAGCGGAGUUGUGUUCCAAAUCUUGUGACCCACAACACCAUCAUGGAAGGGCUUCACAAAGCCAAACACAGUAAAAAGGCAUUGGAGAUUUGGCACCGCAUUUUGGUGAAUGGUUUGCAACCUGAUAUAAUCUCCUACAAUAUCAAUUUGAAGGGGCUCUGUUCUUGCAAUAAAAUGUCAGAUGUCAUAAGGUUCUUGGAUGAUGCUUUGCAUCGUGGAGUUCUUCCAACUUUCGUUACAUGGAGCAUUCUUGUCAGGGCUGCACUUAACAAUGAGCUUGAUAGUUCUUUUGUGUCUGGUGGUGGGGAACUUUUCUGAGGGAUUUUAGUAUUCUGCAAUAGCACGCUGCGUUGAAAGAAUUACCGGGGUAAGAAUUUGGGAGAUGCUAAGAUCCUUUUAAAGACCUGGACUUGCCGUUUCUGCAUCCGUUAUACAAGAUUACAGGAAACACACAUGAAGCAAUAAUCACCAGAGAAGCGUUUGAUUCUAGGUGUAGUCAAGAGUUGGAAGGGUACAUACCCUGGUGUGUCAUCCAGAACCUAUACUUAGUCUUUAGGACCUCUUGAAGUCCAGAAAUAGGUGGGUGGUGUUUUAGAUGCACUACAGUUUUGAGUUUUUGACUUGCUAGAAAACUUUAGAAUGCUCUUGCUUUCUGAUUAGACAUAACUUGAUCUAUGCACUUACAAUUAAUUUAAUUACAAAUCUGUAGUUAUAUGAAAGCUACACCUAUUUGUUAUCUAUCCUUACAAUAGGGAAGCUCAUAAGGCAUCUGAUUCAGUAACUUAGUUACUGCAGUUCUUGGUGAUAGAAGUAAUAUCUCUGAGAUCAGACAGAUGAUGCAAAAGCAAAGCAGCAUGAUGUAUCAAGCUCAAGUGGUGAGCUUUCACUUGGGUUUAUUAACCAUGCUACAUUCAUAAGAACCAGCAGUGGCCAAACUUAUGCACAGAAAUGUAUUAAGUUGAACGAAAGACGUCACUGUUUUUCUUUGUCUGUUCUUUCGUGUUCCUUGCUUUCUGUUUCUGAUAACAGUUGCUGCUCAUAG